AUCCCCUUCAGAGUGUCGGUGCGCUGUGUGAGAGCACUGCUAUCACUGCUCCCUCCACUCAGUCUGCGCUCCUCUCUUGUUGUCCACGGGCUCUCUCUUGCCGUCUCUCAGAUUUUUCUCGCCUCAUCUUUUUUUUGCUGUCCACCUCCACCCCUCCUGCUCCUCUUUUCUCCUUCUGUGAUUCUGCCCCACAGGGAGAGAGAUAGGAUCUGUUACACACCGCAGCUGUUACACAUCAAGAGCACAGACUCUUUACAGCUGCCCAUGCUUGUUGGACCAUCCCCAAACGGUACUUGAGUGAGUGGGCGCUUGACAGAGUUAGCACCUCGAAGGUGCUCGCUGCUGCAGGAGGUGUGACAUAGUCCCAGCCUACCACACAUUCAUUUGUACCAGAUUAAGCUAUUGCAUGAUGCUGCAAGCAGAAGGCCUGGCACAGGCGAUUUACCAUCCCUGCCAGACUUAACAUCUUCAGACGCCUCCUCUCUGCUCGGCUAACAUCUUCUCGGGAAGGACUAUUCAGAGUCAUCUGCAACUCUACUAAUAAUAUCACCCAAAGGGAUGACUGGAGGUCACCUUGCACAGGAGUAAGAGAGGCAGCAAUGGGCUGGACUAUGACUCUGAAAGAUGACUUUGGGGUCAGCGCCUGGACACAGCACACUGGGAACUUCCUCAGCCUUUUCCUUCUCAUCUCGUCUCUCUUUUCCAUUCCAGCCCACUCGGACAUUGUUCUUUCCAAAGCCCAUCAUUUUUCAUGGAAAGCAGGCUCGUGGGGUCAGUGUAUCGGGGAGGUGUGUGGCUCAGGUGGGGUUCAGACAAGAACGAUAUGGUGUGUCCACAUGGAGGGCUGGACUACCCAUAACUCGCACUGCCAGCAUGUGGAAAAACCAGAAAGCAAAAGGCAAUGCUUUAAGGUCUGCGACUGGCACCAAGAUCUUUUUGAAUGGGAGAUUUCUGACUGGGGGGCUUGUGUUCUUGUCCCUUUCUUUUCUAAUGAACUCAAGAUGAGGACUACUGAGUGCAUUACAGCACAGCAUGGCAUUCAGAGGCGCAAUAUCCACUGUGUUCGCACUUCCAAUCGAAGCACUGUCAGCAUAAGGAUAUGCGAGUUCUUUUCCCAGAAGCCUCCUGUGGAGCAGGCCUGCCUCAUCCCCUGCCCUCAGGACUGUGUGGUUUCAGACUUUACCUCAUGGUCAAGUUGCAGUAAAACUUGCAGUGCUGGUCUACAGCAUCGGACUAGACACGUCCUGGCCGCACCGAUGUAUGGAGGGGCUAACUGCCCUAAUCUAACCGAGACCAGGACUUGUACUAACUCUGUUGACUGCCCUGUUGCAGAGGGGGAGUACCAGUACAGCCUUAAAGUAGGGGCCUGGAGUAAUUGCCGACUACCCCAUAACAAGGAUGCCGUCUUAAAUGGAAGGACCACAGUGGACUUUGGUGUUAGCUCCAAUGAGAACAACUCUAUCACGACACAAACAUUGGAUUCUCACCACCAAUUCCGUCAUCACCAGUACCACCAUGGUCAAGCCCACAUAAGAUACCCCAUGUCAUGGGAGCUGGAAGUGGGAUAUCAGACACGACAUGUACGCUGUGCGAGAAGUGAUGGCAAGAACGUUAUGCUAAGUUUAUGUACCAAGGACACCUCCCCCCUGACCUUCCAGGCAUGUGUGAUGCCCAAAGACUGUCAAACCUCUGACUGGUCAUCGUGGAGUUUCUGCUCAAAGACCUGCCGAUCCACUGAUCUGUCUCCUGGGUAUCGCGUCCGGACUCGGAUCAUGACACAGAUCCCACAUGGAGAAGGAAAACAAUGUCCUACACUUGAAGAAAAGGAAGCCUGCAACAUCAUAGGAGAUUUACUUCCAAAAUGUCCCAGGUACUCCUGGAGGACCACUGACUGGGGUGAAUGCCGCAUCCGACCCUUACUGGGCCAGCAGGAUCGACGGCGGGCAAACAUCAGUCUGCUGUGUGGAGGUGGAGUCCAGACCAGGAAGACAUACUGUGUUCAAGUCCCUGAUGAUUCAGCAGCACAUUACAAGAAGGAAGUGUCCAGGCCUGUGAAUGCUUGGCUGUGUGAUGGAGAUGAUCCUCCAUUGGCCGCUCAGAACUGUUCCAUUCCUUGCCAGCAUCAGUGCUUGCUGUCCCAGUGGUCGCCCUGGAGUGCCUGCCUUUAUGAAAACUGCAAAGAACCCCAAGGGAAGAAAGGUUUCAGACAAAGGAAGAGAGAGGUGUUGUGGGAGUCCAGUAAUACUCUGGGGACUUGCCCUCAUCUGAUGGAGUUCAUCCCCUGUGAGGAUCCUGCCUGCUACCUGUGGCAAAUCCAACAAAACGGAAAAUGCAUUCCCACCAAUAGCUCAUGUGGUCCUGGAACUGCAGUACAGAAUGUGACUUGUGUCAACACUGAAGGAGGUGAUGUGCCUGACACCCACUGUGUAGAUGACCCUCCACCCACUGAGGAGGCCUGUGAUGUUGCCUGUUCUGCAGACUGUGUGGUGGGCUCCUGGUCCUCCUGGUCUUCCUGCUCACACAGCUGCGCUACAAAGACCGCAGAGGGCAAGCAGAGCCGCAGUCGCACAGUAUUAGCCAUCCCAGGAAAAGAUGGUAAAACAUGCCCAGCAGCCCCGGUCCUAGAGGAAUGGCGAGUCUGCAAUGAUCAUCCUUGCACUGUAUUUUACUGGGAAGCCUCAGAAUGGGGACCCUGUACUGAGGACGUGUCUUCUACAAUCAAUGAAAGUAGCUCCUGGAAUGAGACGUCUGCCUGCCCUGUUGGAGUUCAGAGCCGUAAUGUCAGCUGCAUGAGGAUGAAUGCUGGUCCAGUCAUAAGUAAAAGGUGUUUAGAGUCUUCUCGCCCAGAAACUACCCGGCCCUGUUUGUUUCCCUACAAGAAGGACUGUGUAGUGACCCCUUUCAGCGAAUGGACAGCAUGUCCAGCAUCUUGUCUCCCAGAUAAUUCAACUGCUGCAAUGCAAUCUCGGUACAGAAUCAUCAUUCAGAAGCCUGCUAAUGGAGGUCAAGAGUGCCCUGACACACUGUACGAAGGAAGGGAGUGUGACUCAGUUCGUGUAUGUCCGGUGUUUAGGUGGAGGAUGAACAAGUGGCACAGUUGUACCCUGGUGCCUGAUUCUGUUAGACGAGGAUUAUCGGGAUCAGGAGAAGCUUGUGGAAAUGGUUUAGAAACAAGAGGAAUCAGUUGUGUUGGGGAAGAUGGGGAGCCAGCCAACAUGACAGAGUGCCUGCAAUGGGCUGGACCCUUUCCCUCUCAGAUUAGAGAAUGCCGGGUGGCGUGCAAGGACGACUGCACUCUGACUACUUGGUCCAAGUUUUCUGAAUGCACCGGAUGUGGCAGGUCACGCACUCGCAGGCGUUCACUUGUAGGCCGUAGCAAAAAGAAGGAGCGUUGCCUGAAUGAGGAUAUGUACCCGCUGGAAGAGAACCAGACUUGUCCCUGUAAUGAGUUUUUGUCUCAGCCAUUUGGGAAUUGGUCUGCAUGCAUCCUUCCAAAUCCUCCAGUUUUUGAGUCCCUGCAUGGUUGGAUGAGGCACCGAGAGGUAAAAGAGUGUGGCCAAGGUCUCCGCUACAGAGCUGUGGCCUGCAUUGACCAGCGGGGACAUCUGGUUAACCCCACGCUCUGCACAGACUCAGGCUACAUCGUGGAGGUUUGUCACAUCCCUUGCCCCCUGGACUGUAAGCUCAGCGAUUGGUCUUCUUGGUCGGCAUGCAGUUCCUCCUGUGGCAGCGGGCUGAAAAUUAGGUCUAAGUGGCUCAGGGAGAAAGCCUUUAACGGCGGACGCCCCUGCCCCAAGCUGGAUUUGAAGAACCAGGCUCAGGUGUAUGAGGCCGUGCCCUGCAACAGGGAAUGCAGCCAGUAUGAGUGGCGGAUCGAGCCCUGGUCCAUUUGCACCAUCAACACUGUGGACGACUCGCCAGCCUGCGGAGAGGGAGUCCAGAGUCGCAAGAUCAGGUGUGUGAUGAGGGGAACAGCAAGCAGGGAGGAUGGCAGCCCAGACGACAGUAUGUGUGAUCCAGAGGAAAUGCCUCCCAGGGCCCAGGUUUGCUAUUUAGCCUGUCCUAAUGACUGCGUUGUGUCAGCCUGGGGAGCAUGGAGCAACUGCCCUCUGCAGUGCGACGCUGGCAGUGUGAGGAACAGAAGCAGACAAAUCCUCCGCCUCCCCGCCGUGGAGAACGCGGCCUGUCCAGAACUGGUCCAAUCAGAACCUUGUCUUCUCAACAGUACCUGUUUCACGUACCAGUACAGAGUCUCGGACUGGAGUACCUGCCAGCUGAGUGAAAAUGCCAUCUGUGGUCCGGGGUCACGGUCACGUCUCCUGGACUGUGUGCAGAGUGAUGGGAAAACAGUGGAGUUGCAGAAGUGCCAACAGUUUGGUCUGAUCAACAACUUGCAGAUGUUGGAGAGCUGCGUUGUUGACUGUCCUGUCAGCUGCAUCCUCUCCGACUGGUCGCCGUGGGCGGAUUGCUCGCACACCUGCGGUACCCAAGGUCACUCUGUCCGCACACGGAGGAUCCUUCAUGAGGCUCAUGAGGAGGGUCGUCCCUGCCCCAGCCAGCUCUCCCAAACUAAGCCGUGCUCCAUAAGGCCGUGCUAUAUGUGGCUGCUGAAUGACUGGUCUCCGUGCGCUGCAGAGGGUGCAAAAUGCGGAGAGGGAGUCCGGAGAAGAAACCUGUCGUGUGUUGUCCACUGGGGGAACUGGCAAGAGUCUCCUCCCCCUCAGCCUGUAGACAGAGAGCUGUGUGGAGAUGUGCUGAGGCAGCAACUCCUGCAGGAAAUGGAGCAGCCAUGCUUCGUCCCCUGCCCAGGUGAUUGCCAUUUGACACAGUGGUCCACCUGGAGCUCCUGCCAGCUGAUCUGCCUGGAGGGCCGCAGUUUUGAGUCCACCGGUCGCCAGGCGCGAUCCAGAGCUGUGAUCAUUCAAGCCAUGGAGAACCAAGGCAGCUGCCCCAAUCAGGUCUUUGAGACCCAGCCUUGUAAAGGAGGAAAAUGCCACAGUUACCAGUGGAAAACAGGGGGAUGGACAAACAACAAGAGGCCAGUGUGGUGUCAACGCUCAGAUGGUGUUAAUGUCACAGGGGGGUGUUUCCCACAGAAAAGGCCCACUACCCUUCGACACUGCCAUCCUCCGUGCACAAAACCCUUCUCGCAUUGCACGCCGAGUGGAGUGUGUGGGUGUGAGAAGGGCUACACUGAAGUGAUGACCUCGCAUGGCUUCUUGGACUACUGCACCAGAACCCCCGGGGUGGACAACAGCAAGAAAGCCGAUGUGAAAACUAACUCUGGAAGAUUAAAACCCCGGCCGUCUCAGUCCAACGACCUCUUCAGCGAGUGGACCUUAAGGCCCGUUGGCCCAGAUGGAAGAGUAAAGCUGUGGGUUUAUGCUGUAGCCAUCGUUGGAUUCAUUGUAGUACUUUUCAUCAUCACGCUGUCAUUCCUGAUCUGCAAGCCAUCAAAAACCUCUAAGGCAUCUCCUCCACCGCAGAAGCCCUUGACUCUUGCCUAUGACGGCGAUGUGGAUAUGUAACCUGGCUGCUGUACCUCAUGAGGACAUGACUGGCCUUGGGCAGGAUUCUGACCUUGUUUGCAUUGUUGCCAAGCACGUAACCCGACCUGCUUGAGCCGGGUUAUGUUUGCUAUAGUAAAGCAAUUUGGUCUGCUGUUGAUGGCACGGAAUAUUGGCCAGAUCAAACAAGCGGAGCCAAAGCCAGUUGAGCCAAGACCGAGACAUGGACCUCGAGAUCCUUUUUUCUAUAACUGCCUGCAACAUGAACACACGGUCCAAGCACCAUUUGCAAAUGAUGAAGCAAGAAGACUUUCAGGCACUAAAGACAAAAUGAAUCCACAAGUGAAUCUACUGUGGAGGUUUUUGAAGUGUCAACAAUCAGAAGGGACCACAUUUCUUUGUUUUAUUUUUUAUUUGUUUUGGAGAUGCUCCAGUCUGUAGUUACACAUUCUACUGAAAGGUAGUUUAAUUUUUCUCAAUAGUUACGGAACUUUGUAAAAGGUAAUGUCACAAGCUCUUUGGAUAAACUCUUUUAUUUCUUAUUUUCAAACAAAUAAGAUGGUUUAUGCACUACGUUAGUGCUGAUUCUUUUUUUUUUUUUCCUGAUGACUUUUCUAGUGUUUUAACCGUAAUGCAAGUCUUAAUUUAUUUUUGCUGUCUGAUUGUGUAUUAUUGAUGAUGCAAUAUGUUGUGUAUAUGUGGAAACCAAAAUCAAAGCCUGCCUCGAGUUUAAGGACAAAUGUAAUUCGGCUAUUUCUCCGUUUUCACGUGACUCCCAGACAUAGAAAAUAAAAUUCAGCAACAAGUUAAUGUCAUUUUUACUCAAUAGGAUACCAUUUUCUUGCAUUUUAGAAGAAAAUAAUAAUAAAAAAAACAUGUAAAUGAAAAGAUUGGAAACCAGCAUGAUUGAAAUCACACCUCAUACACAGUUUUAAUGUAAUGCAAAGCAAAACAGCACUUAUCUCUUAAACAUAAAGGAGAAUCACAAAGAUGUUGGCUGGAUUACUCAUGGCAUCAGGCAUAACAUUAUGACCACAGGCAGGUAAAGUAAAUAGCACACAUCCUUUCUGUGUGAGGACACCUCUAAAUGAGAAAGAUUUAGGUGGGAAGUGAAAAUGUUUUCCUCCAAAUUCAUCAGUUAGAAGGAGAAAAAAAGUGUAAGUGAGUGAGUUUGACAAGGGCCAAGUUGAAAUGGCUAUUCAGAUCAGUCAGAGCAUCUACAGAACUGCAGCUUGUGUAGGAUUUUCCCAGUCUGCAGCCAUCAGUAUCUAUCAAAAGAGGUCCAGAAAGGGGACAGUGGUGAACUGAUUGCAGGCCCAUCAAAGCAGAAGAUUGGCUACUGUGGUCCAACACAACAGAUGAGCUAUGAUAGUCAAAAUUGCUCAAUUGCUGUGUUUCAUAACUCUGAGUAAUUUUGGAGUAUGACUCCCGAUAAAAUCCUAAUGGGUAUUAGACAUAUUCUGCAUGUAGAUAUUCAUUGGCCAGUGAUCCCUGCCAUGUGAUUGGUUUUUCCAUGAGAAUAAUUUUUUUAACCUUUAUUUUACCAGGGCCAAUGAGAAUAAAAACUUCCUUUAACUCGCCUUCAAGCAAAUAUUUGUCUUUAGUGAAUUAUUUUGGAAAUACGGUUGUUGUGCUCUAAAGUGACUCUGGUGCCAAUCAGUUGUUGAGUCUGGCUAGCUGUAUGAAUAUUUUUUUGGCUACACUUCUGUUUAUUUUAGGCUCAUAAACUCAUUUUCUUACAGUAGAGACCAAUAGAAUAUUUCAAAAAAUAACUUUAAACCAUCAGUUGUCAAACUGUGAAAGUGGCAAACUGUGAAAGUGGAAACAAAGUCUCGAAAAUGUGCAAAACAGCAAAAAUAGAGAACUGGAUCACAGAGCAAUAGAAGAAGGUGGCCUGGCCUUUGUAUCAGGUGGAUGGCCAGGUUAGUGUGCACUGCUGUAUGAUGUAUGUUCCACCAGUGCUGCAGACCAUGUACACCACUGGUGCAGCCUUAUGGCUGUGACAUAUUUCAGCAGCAUAAUGCAUCCUGUCACAAACCAAGAAUGGUUUGAGGUGCUGACUUGGCUGCCAAAUCCCCAGAUCUCUGUUUAAUUCAGUAUGUGCUGGACAAAUAAGUCCAAUCCACGGAGGCCUGACCUGCCAUCUUACAGGACCGAAAAGAGCUGCUGCUGACAUAUUGACUCCAAAUACCAGAGGAACCAUCCAGAGCCCUAGUGGAGUCAUUGAAAAAUUCAUUAUUUUCAUUAUGUCAACAGGUUAAGGCUGUUCUGGCAGCAGAAGGGAGACCAACUACUAUUAGCCAAAUGGUCAUAAUGUCAUGUCUAAUCUGUGUCUAUUUGUUUUCAAGAAAAUUGGUCAUAAAUCUUCUUUUUUUAAUCAUUAUUCCAGACACUGUUUCAAUUAACUAAAAAAAUAGUCAAUAUUUUGUUACAGCCUGGAGAAAAGAUUGCAAAUACCAAAUAUUCGUGAGCACGGUAACUAACUUCACUCUCAAAUCUGUGGAGUUUUCUGUCAUUCAACCCAGUUUAUUAUCUUUUUCGUUUAUUUUCUCUUGAAGUUCAGUGCAUCAAUGAUUUUUAAUAAGUUUUCACCUUCACUUCUCUUCUCAACUCAGUGGAGGAUCCGUAUUUCCUGUGUUUGGUGAUUUUCACCAGGUAUUAAGUUGUUUCUCAUUUGGCCUCCAAUAAUGAAAGAGAUUCAUAUGUGCAUCUCAAUAAGUUUGAAUAUAAUUGAAAAGUUACUUUAUUUCUGUAAUUUAAUUAAAAAAUGUAAACUUGUGUUUUAUAGAUUCAUCAGACACAGUGAUAUGAGUAUUAAUGUCAUUUAUUUGAAUAAUUAUGGCUCUCAGCUAAUGAAAAUCUUUUUCUUUAGAAAAUAGAGCAUAUUACAUAAUAUCAAUAGUGAAAAGCAAAUUGCAUAAAUAUAAUGGCAUGGUAAUGUUAUGACCUACACAGUCAUUGUGAAGACUUGACAGUCUUCUUGCAGAGAGUCACUGAAACUCUCCACAACAAGGUUGGAGCUGGUAAUUCAGUGUCAUAUCAAAGCGGAAAGUUGAGUGUAAGAAAAAGUGCACAAGCAGCAGGGAUUUAACCACAGACUUCAGAGGAGUCAGAAACAAAGCCUGCUCACAAAUUUCAGAUUCAAAAUUCUCUUCAUGCCACGCUACAUUAAUCUAGUAACUCAUGUUACAAAAGAAGUGUUGGCCAAAUAUUAGGCCAGUAACAAAUUUUACUUAAUAACAAAUAGUCCCUAAAAUUAUAGAGAUAAACAAUAAAGUUGACUUGUGACCAUUUUCAAGUUAUAUAUUGAUAAUGGCACAAUAAUUCAAGUUUGCCCUCUCAAAGUCUAAUAAACUUUCAUUCUGGAAAGAAUAGUGUCUUUCAAUUACACUGUUAAUAUCCAAAAUAAAAAAACAGAACAAAAAACAAAAGAAUAAAGGAAAUAAAAACCACACACCACCAAAACCAGAUUGUAAAAAUGGAUUAUGUACUCUCCCUAAAAGAAAAUUGCCCU